GUCCCUGAAGUGAGCCUUUAUUAGUGGGGAUCGUUUGGAUCUUAUCUCGCAUAUGACACUCGCUGGAAGAAAGACUGGAGGAGAAGAGAAAGAAGAGGGGGAUUAGCAGAGAACUGCCUUCCGAUCCGGUGACUCCUCGCACGGGGGGAACCUCGCUUAUCUCACCCCCUUUAUCUCCAUCUUCCACAGGCGCAUGGACGAGUAGCCCCGGCUGCACUUUCUCCACUAUCUGCACAUCACUUCUAUUGUCUGUGCAUCGCCGGGAUCACGCGUGGGGCUGCUUGAUCCCUGUCGAAUCUUUAUUAUCACCCUUAUUAAUCGACUAAUCAUCUUUAAGACUUCCGACUCUUGUGUAUUUUUUUUAAUCCAGUGACAGAUUUCCUGGCUUGACGUUUGACCCUGCCUGGCCUCUAGGUCGCAAGUUUGCGGCUGAAAAAGUCCAACAAAUUUUAUAAAUAAAUAUUUUUUUUCGUCGCGUGACACUUACUGUCCAUCGUUGUACCACUUGAUGCUUAUUUUGCUGGUGGAAUAUGAGUUAAUUUGGAGUUGAGGCUCCACUCAUGAGCAUCUUUUAAGUUUUUUUUCCUCCAACAUUUUUUGAGCCUCCAAACUCUCUGUCAAGGUGAGUCUUAAAAAGUAAAAAAAAAAGGUUUAAUGCACCCUAAGAAUUUGUUGUUUUUUUGUUUGUUUGUUUAUAUUUCAUGCGCCUGUUCAUGCACCGUUUGUAUGCUUGUUAUUGUAAGCAACUCUCCUGUUAGCACUUGUCUUCUCUUUUAAAGUAAGGGUUUCAUGUCAGCAUUAGAAUCGGUUGUUUUGUUGUUUAAUUCGCCAACUCAUGCGCCAUGUUUCGAAACGUGCAUUUUAAAAUCCACGCAUCUCACUUCCUUGUCUUCUAAAAACAUAAAAGCUUCCGUGUUUUUGAAUCCAGCAGAUGUCAACAGAAGAAACGUUCGAACUACUUGUGUUUGUUUUUGUUUCAUGCGCCUGGUUAUGCACCAUCAUUUCAAACAUGCGUUGAAAAAUUUAUGUAACCCCCCUCUUUUAAAAACACAAAAACUCAAAUUGUUCCCUGUCCAAAAGCAGAUGCAACAUGAGAAACGCUCGAACUAUCUCAGUUUGGUUUUGUUUCAUGCGCCUGUUAAUGCGCCGUUCGAAAUGAACGUAUCUCGUUUUUUUUAAGAAAACACAAAAUCUCCAAUUGUUUCAUGGCCAGCAGAUGUCAACAUUAUUUUUUUGCCGUCUUCUGCCUCCAUGCUGUCAAGUCAGUCCGGCCUCAGCCAAGCAGAUGUGUUUAUCACACUGUGACAGAUGGCCAAUUCUGAUUAUGUUAAUUCACUAAAACGCAGUUCCUCCUCAAAAACUUGAAUUUUUUAUGUAAAUUAAUUUCGAAUUCAAAGAAAAUAUUUACAACAAAUAUAAAAGAUCAUACUUUAAAACGUUUCUUAUACGUGUUUGUUUCUUUUUAAGGCCUUGGGUUUUUAAUAAAUUAACCACGACACGAGUUUUUUUCGAGGCAUUCAUUAUUUAUAGAGUUUAAUGUUAUUAUGCAACGAAUAUAGAUUUGGAUUUAUGGGGGGCUCCCAAACAAGCACACGCUUUGGGAUUUCCUUUACUGUGGCCUCAGGGUGUCUGGGAAAUACUUAAAGCCGUUUUAUUCAACUCAUUUGUCCUUAUUCUUUUUCUCAUCAGUAUUAAAGCAAACAUUUGUUCGUUUUUUUUAAAAUACAUAGGUUACAAACGUGCGUCGCAGGUGCAGCUCACCUUGCAGUCAGAAAUUUGCACCCACCAAUGUUUUUGUCACUUUCAUCCACAGUUUCUUCAAGAAGAGAGAUCGUCAACACUAAAGAGACUAAAGAUGAUGCUGAGUCCGGACCAAGCCGAAUCGGACCUCUCCUGGACCCAAUCCGACCCGGAGACGCUUCUAAACGGCCUCAAGUCAGCCGGCUGCGUCUCGGACGUUCCUACAGAGGGCGAAGAGCAGGUCAAAUGUAAAGCCGACCAGCCCCUGAGCCGGGAGGAGAAGAGGAGGAGGAGGAGGGCUACGGCCAAGUACCGCUCGGCCCACGCCACCAGAGAGAGGAUCCGGGUGGAGGCGUUCAACGUGGCCUUCGCGGAGCUGAGGAAAUUACUGCCAACGUUGCCCCCGGACAAGAAACUCUCCAAGAUAGAGAUCCUCAGACUGGCUAUAUGCUACAUCUCCUAUCUGAAUCACGUGUUGGAUGUCUAAAAGUGACCCCCUAGGUGAGACAGACACGGUGGGGUCGGUAAAUUGGACUGGAUGCUGGGGCGUCAAUUAGGUAUGGCAAAGUUGGCAUUAGGAGUGGUUGGUCGAGGGGAUUUUCAAAGUGGACACCCAAUAUUUUUGUAGCCUUUUAUAGCUUUUGGAGAAAAUCACCCCCUUUAAAUUUUCGGCCAGAAAAAGAAGUGAGAUUUUUUUUCUUCAUCUGCUCCCAGAACCCUUUGCAAAAAGCCUUAAAGUAAAAAAUAGAUCAAAAUGAAUGAUGCCAGAAAAUUAAAUCUGUUUCUGGGCACCUUUUGCAUGGUUGAGAAAAAAUGGCAAUAUCGACUCUGAUCGGGUGAUAUCAUGAUAAGACCUCCCUUAAAGCUUAUCUCCGGGAGUUUUGACUGAAAUUUUCAACAUAAAACUCACAAAACUAACUUGAAAUAGUUAAAACAGCUCAAUUCACAGCCACACGUUUGUCAAUAAGGGAUCUUGUUGCCGAUCAAAUCAGCCCUCUUGCCCCGGAAUAUCGGAUCUUUGCCAUACCUUGCAGUUGACAGAGUUCACCCCCAAAUUUCGAGUCGACGGUUGUUCAUUAAAAUGGCAGUGGUGUAAAGUUCGUGCUUUACAAGAAAACUUUCAGUCCAGACCGCUCACUGAACAAAGCAACAAGCGCAGAGUCGUUUGAGCUGAUAGAUGCAAUAAUGAGAAUAAUGCUUAUUUUCCUGUAUGCAGUGAGGAUGGGCUGCAAGGGCCCCGGUGUGCAUUCAAGGUUCAAGGAGGAAAUUUAGGGGAAACUUCAACAUAAAUCACUAAAAGCAAACUCCACACACUGUAUCAAUUUGAUGUCUAAUAAAAAAUAAAAACCUGGGGCAUUUUCCAGAUGGAAGGAUGUAAACGAGAUAGCUGCUUUAGAUCUAGUUUUAGACGAUGUUUUCCGUAAAGGAAGAAAAAAAAAAAGAUUCAAUGCGUAAGUGCCACUUAUGACAUAUAAAAUUGUGACCUUAAUCAUUUUUUUAAAGUGUAUGGAAUUAUUUAUUUAAUUGUGUUUAUAUUUAAGGCUUAUUUAUUAUUUAUGUUGCUACCAUAGGCUGGCGUCUUUUUGUAUAAAUGUAUAUUGUUUGUUGCUUCUAUAUUUUAGGCUGUGAAGUUGAACCUGGAAAGUGAUGGUGUUCUACUCUUAAAAAUGGCACUUUCUGUUAAUCCAUGGCAUAAUUUAUCCCUUUGAUGUAAGUUUGAUGUAUGUCAUUUAUUAUUUUUGUUUUAAUGUCAUGUCUAUUGUCUAUCAAUAGCAACGAUAAGCACUUCAAAAUGGGGCUUAAUGGCACCAUAGAUGUUUAUUUCCCUGAAUUUUUGUGUUAAGAGGUUGCACAAAGUAAACAAAUUGGACUGCUUGAAAAAAAUGUUAAAUAUAAUUUUCUUUGUCACUGACAAUAAUGUACCAUGUUGAGAAUGAUUAUGGCAAACAAUUGAGGAGUUAUCAUCAAAAUUCAGAAGCAAACCUCUUUUUUUUGCUGUGACCAAAAAUAGCCUAAAAGCUAACUUUAAUUUCGAAAAAAUAGCCUGAAUUUAUCUUCAUUGUUUUGGUGUUUUUGUUUUAAUAAUUGGUUUGUUUAUUUAUUUGUCUCUGCUUUGUAUUGAAAAAAAAUCAAUAAGUAAUUUUAUAGUGAAGAAAAAAACAUAUCCUCUAUCCAAAGAUUUUUUGUCUCUUCAGGGUUGUGUAGGCUACUUGUUGCUUUAUGCAGAUCUUUUGUAGUAGAGGUAUCGUGUGACAGCUGGUUUCUAAUGGACAAACUUUUCAUAUUUUCCGGUGUUAUUUUUAAUUAAAACGGAAAUACUUGAAAAAAA